GACAGGGUUUCACAAUUGUCCCUCGUCCUUACCCGUAGUUUGGGAUGUGGUCACAUGAUCAUCACAAAUAGUUUUUUGCCGCGAAAUUGCUCGGCUAGGAAUUUAGCUCGAUUUGAACACUUCUUCAGAUAAUUUCGAGUUUCUAUUACAAUCGUAAAAAUGUUUUGUGAAAAGGCACUUGAAUUGAUCAGAGAACUUCACCGAAUGGGUGAUGGACAAUUACCUGCUUUCAAUGAGGAUGGUAUCCGCCAGGUCUUGGAAGAAAUGAAAGCGCUUUACGAACAGAAUCAAAGUGAUGUAAAUGAGGCUAAAGCCGAGGGUAAAAGUGAACUUAUUCCUACAAUCAAGUUUCGACACAAUUGCCUGCUGAGGAACCAGCGUUGCAUAGCUGCAUACCUGUAUGAUCGAUUGCUUAGGAUACGAGCACUCAGGUGGGAGUACGGAAGUGUCCUUCCUACAAAUAUCCGCUUUCAUAUGUGUGCAGAAGAGCUGGAGUGGUUUAACCAGUAUAAAAGGUCUCUGGCGACCUACAUGAAGUCCAUCGGUGGAGAAGGAGGUCUGGACAUAACGCAGGACAUGAAACCUCCCAAGAGUCUCUUCAUAGAGGUUCGCUGUUUGAAAGACCAUGGGGAGUUUGAGAUCGAGGAUGGCACAGUUAUUCUGCUGAAGAAAAACAGCCAGCAUUUUCUUCCUCGAUGGAAGUGUGAGCAGUUGAUUCGUCAAGGCGUACUGGAGCACGUCAUCUCUUGAGUUUCCAGCAAUACAAGAGUCAAAUAAUACUCUCAGACAGGGGCUCAAGGGAAGAGGUUUUACUCGGUAAACAUUUGUACAUUUAAUUUAUACAGUGCUGUAGGGCAAAAAAAUACAUUUACAUCCUACGUCAUCACACUUUCUCUUUGUACAAUAAUGUCGCUGUGCAGUCAAAAACUUUGAAUUGUUAUUAAACCAUGAUUUUAAAUGUUCUUUGCCAUAAUAAUCUUGGUGUGAUUUCAAUUGAAUUGUCUUAGAAAAGUUGAACAGUAGUGCAUUAAGACUUUAGCUUGUGCAAGUGUCAACAUGUAGCACCUGUAUAUCAAAACUAUACAUUAUGAAAUACUGUAUUUUUGGUUGCUAUGACAAAGUUUAUUAAGAACACUUUUCAUAAAUAUCUUUCAUUAUAA